GACGGGGGGGCGUCGCGCGUCAAAGUGACCAAAUAAAGUAUAACAACGGGACAGUGACACGCGGCUGAGCUCAGUGUUCGGACGCACGUGUUCGCCGGGUGCUCUCGUGCACCAAGCGCGGCCGCGCGCACGCACCUUCUCCACUUGACUCGCACCCAUGAACUUUCCGCUCCUCCGCGCGCCGCCGCCGCCGCGACCUUCUCCCCGCGGACCAUGAAGACCACUCGCAAGUGCAGGAGCCUGUGGUCGGUCGCCUUGAACCUCUUCGCCCUCUUCUUCUCCAUAACCGCGUUCGUGACGACCUACUGGUGCGUGGGCACGCAGAGGGUCCCGAAGCCCGAGUGCAGCAAGCUGCGGACUCACCAGUGCAUCGACUACGGGGUCAACGAGACGGACCCCAACAAGGUGGUCUACAGCUGGGAGACCGGGGACGACCGCUUCCUGUUCCGACAGUUCCACACGGGCAUCUGGUUGUCGUGCGCGGAAAACAUCCACGAUGAAAGUGAGAUGUGCAGAAGCUUCAUCGACUUGGCCCCACCCUCAGAGAAAGGGAUGCUGUGGCUGUCGCUGGUUUCUGAGUUGCUGUACAUUGUUCUGCUGGUGGUGGGCUUCAGCCUCAUGUGUUUGGACCUGGUCCGCUCCAGCAACAUCAUCGACGGGCUCAAGCUCAACGCCUUCGCCGCCGUCUUCACCGUGCUCUCCGGUCUUCUGGGCAUGGUGGCUCAUGUGAUGUACACGCAGGUCUUCCAGGUCACGGUGAGCCUCGGACCGCCGGAUUGGAGGCCCUACAACUGGGACUACGGCUGGUCCUUCUGCAUGGCCUGGGCGUCCUUCACCUGCUGCAUGGGCGCAUCUGUCACCACACUCAACUCCUACACAAAGACCGUCAUCGAGUUCAGGCACAAACGCAAGACCUUCGAACAAAGCCUACGCGAGGAGCACGCGCGGGAGGCUUUUGGACAUUUCCGGGAGUGUUCAUUGCACUCCAUCUCCAAAUCUGUGGAGGUUUAUUCCAGCCAGACCCCGAAGAGUGGGAGGAAAGCUCCCAUACCAGCUGACUCUCUGGAUCUGAGUGACAUUUCAGCAUCUUUGGGGGAGGAGCAGUGCUGAGCGGCCUCAGGGUGGCAGCUUGAUGGGAGGCCGUUGUCCGCGUGUGGUCGGCGUUCAGUUUGGGGGAUAAACAGCGGAUUGGAUUUCAGGAAGCAUCAUCAUCUCCUCUUGUUUUACUGCCUUAAUUUUGGGUCAAACAGCUUCAACUAAGAAAAGUGGACAUGAGCUAAUCUCCCUGUUUGUGUAAAUAAAACGCGAUGUGUCCCGGUAGAAAUAGAGUGAGGGCCGCUCAGACGCUAAACAGCCUUAUUGGAGUCAUUGUGAGGAACUUUUCACCAGUUAUGAAACCUCAAUAACCGCUGUAUCACUAUAUAUGACUAAACAAGACCGUCGGCGAGAAGGUUGCCUUUUUCUACGUUAUUCUCAAUCUUAAAUCGGUUCCAUCCCCCCGGAACACUUUUGAUCUCACGGAAACCAAGAGUAUCCAAUAGCGUCACACAUUUUUCAAGUCCGCAUGUAAUUGCUUUGACCGGAGUAAAAUACAUAUUCAGUAAUGAGGGAACGUGUUUUCAAUUCAAUUAUUGGUCAGUUUGAGAAGGCGGAUGUGUAAUAAAACCUAAAAGCCAGAAGCUGCUCUGUGGCAUCGUAUUCAUAAUCCCUACAGAGGGCACUGUUGUUAUAGCAGACUGUACAAAAUGCCUUCCACUCAACUUUGACUGGUGACUUCUUGUGGAAACUGGAUUAUUUAGGCACAGAUCUCUUUCAGGGUGAAAAAGUUGCGUUCUUUAUUUUCACUUGGCUCAAAAUAACAGUGUUUUGUGUUUUCUUUGUGGGGGAUCAUUGCUAUGUAAUCAACAUUCAUAUAUGAAUGGGGAUGUCAGUAGAGACUCUUGGAAUCUUCAAUAAAUUGUGAUGUAAUUAU